GUUCUAAUAUUUGUUCACAGUCGUAAGGAAACUGGUAAAACUGCUCGAGCUAUCAGGGAUCAAUGUUUGGAGAAGGAUACUCUUGGAGGAUUCUUGAAGGAAGGAAGUGCCUCUAUGGAGGUUCUAAGGACGGAGGCGGAGCAGGUGAAGAACCUGGAGCUCAAGGACCUCCUUCCCUACGGUUUUGCUAUUCACCACGCCGGAAUGUCGCGUGUUGACCGAACCCUAGUCGAAGAUUUGUUUGCAGAUCGACAUAUUCAGGUUCUUGUGUCGACCGCAACCCUAGCUUGGGGAGUAAAUCUACCAGCGCAUACAGUUAUUAUCAAGGGAACUCAGAUCUAUAACCCGGACAAGGGGAAAUGGGUCGAACUGUCCGCUCUUGAUGUUCUUCAGAUGUUGGGUCGUGCUGGUAGGCCGCAGUACGAUACUAAGGGAGAAGGUAUUUUAAUCACAAAUCACAGUGAGCUCCAAUAUUACCUGUCCCUGCUCAAUCAACAGCUACCAAUCGAAUCGCAGAUGAUAUCUAAGUUACCUGACAUGUUAAAUGCAGAGAUAGUAUCAGGAACAGUGCAGACAGUUUCUGAUGCUACUCAGUGGCUGGGAUACACCUACUUAUUCAUCAGAAUGCUGCGGAACCCAACAUUAUACGGUAUCCCUGUGGACGCCCGUGAAGAUGAUCCCAAGCUUGAGCAGUGGCGCGCCAAUCUUGUUCACACCGCGGCAUGCGCACUGGAGAAAUCCGCGCUCAUCAAGUACGAUCGAAAAUCUGGAAAUUUCCAAACCACUGAGCUAGGUCGAAUCAGCAGUCACUACUAUUGUACACAUCAGACAAUGUACACGUACAAUACCUUACUUAAACCCAACCUGUCAGAGAUUGAGUUGUUCAGGGUUUUCUCUCUGUCCGGAGAGUUCCGGAAUAUAACUGUAAGAGAUGAGGAGAAGUUGGAACUUCAGAAACUAAUGGAACGUGUUCCUAUUCCUAUCAAGGAGAGCAUAGAAGAGCCCAGUGCUAAAGUAAAUAUCCUGCUACAAGCCUAUAUCUCCCAGCUCAAGCUUGAAGGGUUUGCUCUGAUGGCAGAUAUGGUUUAUGUCACACAGUCUGCUGCUAGGUUGAUCAGAGCAAUAUUUGAGAUAGUUCUGUUCCGUGGUUGGGCUCAGCUGGUGGAUAAAUGCCUGGCUUUGAGCAAGAUGGUUGACAAACGGAUGUGGCAGAGUAUGUCUCCGCUCCGACAGUUCCGGAAGAUGCCGGAGGAGGUAAUCAAGAAGAUCGAGAAGAAAUCAUUCCCCUGGGAGCGGCUCUACGACCUUGGACCCAACGAGAUCGGAGAGUUGAUCCGUAUGCCGAAACUUGGUAAAACAAUUCACAAAUAUGUUCAUCAGUUUCCCAAGUUGGAUCUGGUCUCCCACAUCCAACCGAUCACGAGGUCGACGCUCAGGAUGGAGCUCACCCUUACACCAGACUUCCAGUGGGACGAGAAGGUUCACGGACACAGCGAGGCUUUCUGGAUCCUUGUGGAGGACGUUGACUCCGAGAUCAUCCUCCACAACGAGUUCUUCCUUCUCAAGAAGAAGUUUGCCGAGGACGAGCAUGUGAUCAAGUUCUUUGUGCCGGUGUUUGAGCCUCUGCCUCCGCUCUACUUCAUCCGGGUGAUCAGUGAUCGUUGGAUCGCCAGUGAGACUCAGCUUCCUGUCUCAUUCCGGCAUCUGAUCCUACCAGAGAAGAAUCCUCCUCCAACGGAGUUGUUGGAUUUGCAACCUCUCCCUGUAUCCGCCCUAAGGAACAAGGAAUAUGAGAAUCUGUACAAGGAGAACUUCGUACAAUUUAACCCAAUCCAGACCCAGGUCUUCAACACUAUAUACAACGGAGAUGAAAACGUAUUUGUCGGAGCUCCGACCGGUUCAGGGAAAACUGUCUGUGCCGAGAUGGCGAUAAUGCGUCUUUUCUCCCAGAACCCUGAAGGCAGAUGCGUAUAUGUUACGCCGAAGGACGCAUUGGCCGAUAUUGCGUACGCAGAUUGGCAUGGGAAAUUCACUCCGCUUGGUUUAAAGGUUGUGAUCUUGACUGGAGAAACAGGAACCGACCUGAAACUGCUAGCCAAGGGAAACCUGAUCAUCUCAACCCCGGAGAAGUGGGACGUGCUUAGCAGGCGUUGGAAGCAGAGAAAGAACGUGCAGAACAUCAAUCUCUUCAUCGUUGACGAGCUACAGCUUUUGGGAGGAGAAGGAGGACCUGUUCUUGAGAUAGUUUGCUCCAGGAUGAGAUAUAUCUCCUCUCAGCUAGAGAAAGCUAUCCGUAUCCUGGCUUUAUCCUCCUCCCUGAGUAACUGUAAGGAUGUAUCUCAAUGGCUUGGAGCCGGGAAUAACUCUACAUUUAACUUCCAUCCUAAUGUACGUCCUGUUCCCCUUGAACUUCAUAUUCAGGGAUUCAACAUGACUCACAACGCUAGUAGAAUCGUGUCUAUGGCAAAGCCGACUUACAACGCGAUUGUGAAGCACGCACCUCGCAAGCCGGUCAUUGUGUUUGUACCAAGCAGGAAACAAACCAGGCUCACAGCCAUCGAUCUAUUAACCUAUGCUGCUGCUGAAAACCAGCCGGAUAGGUUUCUACACGCUGAACAGGAAGAUAUUGAAGCUUUCCUUGCUAAAAUACAGGACAAGACGCUUCGUGAGACAUUAAGCCAAGGAGUUGCAUUUAUGCAUGAGGGGCUCAGCUCAACGGACAGGAGGCUCGUAGAGUCACUCUUCGACUCAGGAGCAAUUCAGGUUGUUGUUGCUGCGCGUGCUCUGGUUUGGGCGCUGACUAUCCAGGCGCAUCUUGUUAUUAUCAUGGAUACACAAUACUACAACGGGAAGCUUCACGCUUACCAUGAUUAUCCUGUCACGGAUAUCCUGCAGAUGCUGGGCAGAGCAAACAGACCAACAGAGGAUACAGACGCUAAGUGUGUUCUGAUGUGUCAGAACUCAAAGAAGGAUUUCUUUAAGAAGUUCCUGUACGAACCUCUCCCCAUAGAGUCUCAUCUUGAUCAUUGUCUUCACGAUCAUUUCAACGCUGAGAUCGUUACUAAGACCAUUGAGAACAAGCAGGACGCUGUUGAUUAUAUGACCUGGACCUACAUCUACCGAAGAAUGACUCAGAACCCGAACUACUACAACCUACAGGGUGUGACAUACCGUCAUCUGUCUGAUCAUCUAUCGGAGAUGGUUGAAACCACGUUGUCUGAACUGGAGCACAGUAAAUGUAUCAGUGUUGAGGAUGACAUGGAUACUGCUCCGCUCAACCUGGGCAUGAUUGCUGCAUACUACUAUAUCAACUAUACAACCAUAGAACUGUUCUCAAUGUCCCUGAACAGCAAGACGAAGAUACGAGGUUUGAUUGAGAUCAUCUCCGCCAGCGCUGAAUAUGAAGAUUUACCAAUCCGUCAUGGAGAAGAUGGUCUUCUCAGGAACCUGGCUACAAGGUUACCGAACAAACUGCAGUCAGCCAAGUUCAAUGAUCCUCAUGUAAAGGCAAACCUUCUUCUGCAGGCGCAUCUUUCCAGAAUGCAACUGAGUGCUGAGUUACAACAAGAUACGGAGAUAAUCCUCUCAAAAGCAAUAAGGUUGAUCCAGGCUUGUGUUGAUGUACUCUCUAGCAAUGGUUGGUUGAGCCCUGCUAUUGCAGCUAUGGAGCUGGCCCAGAUGGUCACCCAGGCUAUGUGGAGCAAGGACUCGUAUCUCAAGCAGCUGCCACACUUCAACAAGGAGGUGAUAGACCGAAGUGUAGAGAAGGGAGUAGAGAGUGUGUUUGAUAUAAUGGAGAUGGAAGAUGAAGACAGGAAUAAACUCCUGAGUAUGUCCGACCAACAGAUGGCUGAUGUAGCAAGGUUCUGCAACAGGUAUCCUAAUAUUGAACUCCAGUAUGAAGUUCACAACAAGGAAGAUCUUCACUCAGGUUCUAGUGUUAAUAUCGAGGUGAAACUGGAAAGAGAAGAUGAGGUGACCGGCCCUGUCAUAGCUCCAUUCUUCCCAACUAAACGUGAAGAGGGCUGGUGGGUCAUCAUCGGAGACUCCAAAUCCAACAGUCUGCUGUCUAUUAAACGUUUAACCCUGCAACAGAAAGCCAAGUUUAAGCUUGACUUCGUUGCGCCAAGACCAGGAAAUUACAGCUACUCCCUGUACUUCAUGUGCGACUCCUACAUGGGAUGUGACCAGGAGUACAAGUUCAACUUGGAUAUCAAGGAACCACAAUCUGGUGGAGAAGAUUCGGGUUCAGAUUCAGAUUAAACAAGGACUCUUUAAACGUUAGGCAUGUUUUGGACAUUUCUCUGUAACGUUCUGUACCUUUCUCUGUAACGUUCUGUACGUUUCUGCCUACAUUUACCUGAAAUUGAAAAUCGGAUGUGCGUUUGUAUUGUAGAGUGGCAACAUUAAAUAUGGUGUUUUAAUGUACAUUGUGCAUUGUCUAUAUAUGAACUGUUGUCCACUAUUUAUUUUGCAUUUUCUUUGAAUAAAAAUAAUUACUGAAAAA